UGACAUUGACAGACAUUAUUUUCUCAGUUCUAGUUAUAGUAAAUAUUAGUGACUCAAUUCUGUUCCUUAUUUUUUUGCAUAAUAUGUUGUAUUUUAGAUGUGGGCUGGUAAUUUUAGCUACUACAUACAUUUUGUCACUUUGUUCCCAGAUUACGAAAGAUACAAGUUCCUUAGACGCAGGAUUUGCGUUACUCUAUGUGGCCAGCGGGGCUAUAGCUGGCAAAAUCAUCUAUGACCGUUACCGGCAGAUCCACAUACUAGGCUCACUAACACCCAACCCAAACGUGACUUCCUUUGCAAAUAAGAUAUCUACCCUCUCGGCCUCUCUCCUGUCGUUGGGCUUCCUGGUUUAUCUGUUUCUAUUUUUAUUGAAGGUUGAUAGUUAUGGCCUGACGGCGCUGAGUAUUUUUAUAUGCGGAUUCGGCACGUUGUACAUAUGGAUGCAGAGCCUGAUCACGACAUACCUCUCGACGUUAUACUACGACAAGGGUCUGACGACUCUCCGACAAUACCUUGCCAACGUGAGCUUCCUCGUUUUACUUGUUAUGGCGAUAUUCGGCACACUCGUCUCCGUUCUACCUAAAGGUGGAACGCGCGGGGUGCACGCCUGUCUUGUGGUCACUUCCAUGUGUAGUUACGUGUUGACUGCUAUAUUUUGCGUCUUUAUACUGUCUUUUGAAAAAGAAUACGAAUAUUUUUCUGAAGGUUUACGUUCGGAGAUGCUGCUAGACGACGCUUGUUCAGUAACAAGCGGGUCUUUCUCGGACAUUAGCAUAUUUGGGACCCAACAAUCGAACGCCAGUACAAUCUUCAUAAAGGGUAACUCCGGCACCGCCAAGACAUCCUGACCCGCGGCCGUGCCGCCC